CCCAAAAAGUCAUCGCAUCCUAUUGAAAUUAUCGUUCGACAUAGUAAAGUGGUGGAGCAACCAAGAGGAGACAGCGAUGAAGGCGAUGAUGAAAACUCAGCAAACGAGUCAAAAAGGCUUUCAACCUUAGUAGAAGGGCAAGAAGCUGAGUCACAAAAAGCUUCCUCAUCUUCAUCAAAUAAGGGGAACACUGCAAAAUGGACUCGUGGCCAUCGUCGUGCUUGGAGUAUGCCUAAUGCUAAGGGUGAAAAAAUGACCCUUGCCGUCAUUCAGGACAAAGAAACAAUGACAAACGGAAACACCCAUAGACGUCGUGUACUACGUUGUCGCCUUCAUCCCACCAAGAAGUCUCGCGGAUCCGGUGGCCUUGACGAAGAGAACCAAGAUAGCCUCGCCACGACAACGCUGAGAUUCGAUCUUAGUGGAAUGCCACAUCCUGAUGAAGACGACAACGAACUGGAGGUUGAAAUUAAUGAAGAAGAAGUUGUGGUGCCCGGCGAAUCUGGUAAGGGAGCGAGAACUAUCAUCAAAAAGUUCUGGGAAGCUAGAUGGAAAGCCACAAAUUUUGAGUACCUUCCUGAGUGGCUACAGGACAACGAAUAUCUAAGAACGGGUCAUCGUCCACCACUUCCUUCAUUCAGUAGCUGCUUCAAGAGCAUCUUCGCACUCCAUACUGAGACCGGCAACAUUUGGACGCACAUGUACGGCUGUGUGGCUUUCAUUGGAGUUGCUUUGUGGUUUCUCACGCGCCCGACGCCUCAAAUUCAGUUCAUGGAGAAGGUCGUAUUCUCGUUAUACUUUUUGGGGGCAAUACUGUGCCUCGGGAUGUCGUUCAUAUUCCACACUGUCGCAUGUCAUUCAGACACCGUUGGAAAAUUAUUCAGCAAGUUGGACUAUGCUGGGAUUGCUUUACUCAUUGUUGGAUCGUUCAUACCUUGGCUUUAUUACGCAUUCUACUGUCGCCCUCAGCCGAUGGUGAUCUACAUCACGAUGAUCAGCGUGUUAGGAUUGCUCGCGAUGAUUGUCUCCUUGUGGGACAAGUUUUCGGAACCAGCGUACAGACCGCUACGAGCCAUUAUCUUCGUUGCUAUGGGACUCUCGGCAGUUUUUCCUGCUGCCCACUUGUUGUUUGUAGAUGGAGUUGAAUUCCUUUACACUAAGGCAUCGUUGGUGUGGAUGCUAUUAAUGGGUUUCAUGUAUAUCAGCGGUGCCGCUAUUUACGCCACUAGAAUUCCUGAGCGAUGGUUCCCUGGAAGAUGCGACUUAUGGUUUCAAUCCCAUCAAUUGUUUCACACUUUUGUCGUAAUCGCGGCAUUCAUCCAUUUCCAUUCCAUUACUGAGAUGGCAAAGAAGAAGCUGAUGGAGGGUUCGUGCGCUGAGCAGCUAUUAGAAAGAUAUGGAAUCGAGGCGCAUCCAUCCUACCUUGGCAGCUGGCUAGGCCUAGACGAGGAUCCAAACGUAAUUUCUUGGAAUGGUGUACAUUAG